AUGGAUGAGUACACCAGAGAACCUUGGUAUGUUGUUUUAUUACUUUUGUUGGUAUUUAGGUAAUAUUGGAGUAGGAAUUGAGGGUUUUGAAGUGAUUUAUGAUGAGGAUUGAUAAUUGAUAAACACGUGAUUUUUUACCUGUUUCUGGUGAUAAAGUAUUGAAUUAAGAAAAUAAAAUUUUUAUUUUUGGUUUACUUAAGGGUAUAGAUGGACUUUUUAUUGUAAUGUUAACAUCGAAUAUACUUUCAGUCCUCACAGGAUCUUUGCCGAUGCGGGUUCAGCGUUUGCCAUGGGAUUGGUGGGUGGAAGUAUCUUUCACUCUUUUUCGGCCUACAAAAAUGCUGCCAGAAAUCAAAAAUUGGCUAAUAUUUUCCGUGAGGUCAGGAUCAGGAGUCCCGUGACUGGUGGGCAGUUUGCUGCUUGGGGUGGUAUGUUCAGUACCAUCGAUUGCACAUUGGUCGCUAUCAGGAAAAAGGUAAGUAUUUGUGUUGUUUUUGAUGUUUAGGUAGUCGAUGGAUACAAAUUAUAGUUUAUUUUUGAUUUAUGGAAAGUAUUAGGAUAUAGGUAUACCUAACACAUUGUUUUUUAAAAAUGCGAUAAAGGAUCGAAAAUUUUUGACAAUUUUUUCUUUAAUGGGGAAGUUCUUGUCCUGCUUGAUCUAUAAAGAAGGUUUUUAUUAUUUUCUGCGUUGCAAUUUAAGUUUUAAUAGCAAUAUGGUUUUAGGAGGAUUCAUGGAACUCUAUAUCUUCUGGCGCUCUAACCGGUGGUCUUUUGGCAAUUCGAUCAGGGCCAAAGGUGAUGGCAGGCUCAGCCAUUUUGGGUGGUGUUGUACUAGCCAUGAUUGAAGGUAUGGGCGUGGUAAUGAACAGGUUUAUGGGGCAAAUGUACGACCCAACAGCUCAGUCACCGCCAGAGGAUCCGAUUGCCUUGCCAAGCAAAAAAGAUGCUCAAAUUGAAGGUGCCAACUUUGAUGAAGCGUCAAAAACACCAGCUCCAUUUGGUUUACCUACUUUGAAUCUUUAA